GUCAUUGCUUGUGAUUUUCUGCAAAGUAGAUAUUGUUAAACUGACAACUGAUGCCAUUUAUUGUGUUUUGUCAACUGUUCAUUAUCUGAUAGAAAUGUACGAGUGUCAGUACGUCUUGAAAUCAGUGAUAAUUGUGAGGAUGGCGACCGCCGGGCUAGAGAAGAAAGUAAAGGAUAAUUUCCUGACGUGCUCCAUCUGCUUGGAGAUGUACACAGACCCGUGUACACUGAAGUGUGAUCACACAUUCUGCAGGAAAUGUGUCACCUCAUACAUCCAAACCAGACCUGAUGCUGUACAGUCCAAGACCAUCCCCUGUCCCUGCUGUCGACAAGACACCAAGGUCCCCCACCCCCGCAGGCCGGUGGAGGAGUGGGCUGGGCAGAUCAAACCCAGCAUCAUUUUACAGGGGCUGAUUGAAACCUAUAGAUCCGAGGUGGCUGUGCAAGGGACCUCAAGCACCUGUUGUACGAUCUGUCAGCAACUAGGGGAAACAACUCCAGGGGCCUUGUGGUGUGCUGAGUGUGAAGUGGCCCUCUGUGACAAAUGUGUGAAGAUACACCGAGUGACACCGAAUUCAUUGAACCAUGACCUGUGUGAUCUGUCGUCUAGGUCAAAGGUCAAACGGAGGAUCAAGUGUACGGAACACAAGAGUAACCGUGUUGAGUUCCACUGUCAAGACUGUGGGAAGGCUGCCUGUCAGACAUGUUGUAUCAUAUACCACAGAGCUUGUAAGACUGUCGUCACCAUUGAGUCUAUGAAGCCAGGGAUGAAGGCAGCACUGAUGGAGAAGAGACUUGGCAUGGAGAAGAGACUGAAAGUGAGGUCAAAGAAAGUAGACAUACGAAACGAGAAACUCGAAAGUAGUUCUAGAAUCACAGAGUCAGCUGUUCAAAAUAUAAGGUUGAUCUGCCAGACAGCGAUUAACAAGAUUAAACAGAAGGAAACACAACUCUUGGAUGAACUGAAUACCAUAUCACAGACAUACGCCGACCAACUCCAAGCUGAUGUGAAGCUGGAAGAGAUCGAGAUGCAGAUGUACAGACAACACUGUGUGUUCAUUGACCAUGCCUUGGUAUCGGACUGUGAGAUGGACCUGUAUGACGCGUAUCAGGCCUGGGAGUCUGGAGCUGUAGAGAUGGAGGAUGUCAGGGAUACAGAGGCAGCAGACACCCGGAGAAUAGCUGAGAUCAGGUUUAUACCUAACACUUUCAGGGUCCUGAAGACCCUAGAUAAACUGCAGUUUGGGAAAAUUGGGGUCACAUACCAGGGCACAUGUCUACUGUCUCCAGUGCUGGUUGACACGAUAGAUGUGAGGGUGGAGAGUGAUAAGAUGAGCCCUGUCUUAAGGUGCAUAACAGUCCUGGCUGUAGAUGAUAUACAGACAUGUGUUGUCACUGACUGUUAUAACAAUUGCCUGAAAUCUUUGUACAUUAGAGACAAUCAUCCAUGUCACAGUAAACUUCCCCUGGAUAACUCACCAUUUGGGAUGACACAAUUGAAGCAGAAGCAGGUGAUGGUUGCUGUCCCUGAAUCCCGCCAGAUUGUAACGGUAGAGGUGACCCCCUGACCUGAUGCUGCUCUCAACCAUCCUCACUAACAAUACUUACUACAGUCUGGCUGUUCUGAACUUUUCAUCUCUGGCAGCAGGUGGCAAGGAUUGUCAUGGUUACGGUAUUGUUGAAAUCCUGGACAUGUCUGGACACGUGUUGAGGACAAUCACUGCACACAAUGAUGUCUCACUGUUUACCUACCCCAGGCACAUGUGUGUCAACAACAAGGGCAACAUACUCGUGUCUGACUGGGGGAACAAGACUGUGACAUGUCUGACGUCCGAGGGGGAUGUUUUAUGGAGAUACAACCGUACCGGAGACAAGCCACUCAGCUACCCUCGUGGUAUCACAACUACCACUACAGGAGACAUCCUGGUUGUAGAUAGGAACACAGACAAGGUGAUACAGCUGACAGAGUCGGGGGGAGUUUGUCAGUGAACUGCUCACGUUAGAAGAUGGCGAUCAGACAGGCAUGUGCGAUAUAUUUUGUGAUAAAUACGGUUUCUUAUUUCUAUGCACAGACACGGAAGUGAAAGAGUACGUGUUUGUCUGACAUAAAAAUCAAAAGAAUGAAAGUCAGUGCAGAGCUGUG